AUGAUGCAUCAUGUGGUAUCCAAGGUUACAAGGAGGGCGUUUUCGUUAGUCGGGCCCCUGUGUUCGAAAACCACAUGUUCAUCAAUGGACGCAAAACGUUAUUUUAGUGCCAUCUCGGCUUUGCAAAGACAGGUUGGUAAUACUCGAAAGGCUGCAUUUUCUGGAAAUCUGUUGAGGUGGGGGCCACCAGGAUAUUGCAGAACAUCGAGUUUUGCAUCUGGAUUCACACCUUUGCUGCCCAAGCCCUUAGAGUCGAUUAUAGAUAUCAGCAGGGCUAAGAGCAAAUCCUCUGAGGAACUUGCUGAUAUUUGGGAUGAUUAUCACCUGGGAAGGGGUCAUAUUGGUUUGUCAAUGAGUGCAAAGCUGUACCAUCUUUUGGAGCAAAGAACUUCAGAUUGCCGUUAUUUUGUGAUUCCAUUGUGGAAAGGAAGUGGCUACACAACAAUGUUUUUGCAAGUUCAGAUGCCACACAUGCUUUUCACUGGCCUUGAAGAUUAUAAAGCGAGAGGGACCCAAGCUGCUCCAUACUUCACGGCCACAUACUACAAGGAAUUUGCCGACAGCAAGGAUUUGGUUCUUAUCCGUGGUGACAUAGUUUUCACUAGCAAGCUGAGUGACUCAGAAGCAAAAUGGCUAUUGGAGACUGCACAAUCUUUUUACCUAAAUGACGUCAGGUACAAGCUGGUCGAACGUUUCAACAAACAGACUCGUGAUUUCGAGUUUAAGGAUGUUUUGAAGGCGCUGGAUAUGCCCAUACUGUAG